AAAUAAAUAAAUCAAACGGGGAAUAUCAGGAAAUCCUCAUUCAUUUGGAUCGCACUUUCACAAACUCAAGAAAUAAGGUCGGAGAGGCACUGCCGGAAGAACACCGUCUUUCACUAUCCGGCGAUCCAUUGUUUCGUCCACCCUUUUCCGGCGAUCCUUAAUCUCCGCAACCAAACAUGACGACAUCAAGGCGCCUUGCGGACAGGAAGGUGGAGAAGUUCGAGAAGAACAUAACGAAAAGAGGAUUUGUGCCAGAAACUUCUACUAAAAAGGCCAAGGACUAUCCCGUUGGCCCAGUGCUGCUCGGCUUCUUCGUCUUUGUUGUCAUCGGAUCAUCUCUCUUCCAGAUAAUCAGGACAGCAACGAGUGGAGGCAUGGCUUGAUGGAGCUGCUUUUUGGAUCGUGUCAUAUUCUCCCUCUUAGCCUCGUAGAAAAUGGCAAUACUUCUCUACAUGCGUUGUACUAGACCCCGUUCCUGUUCAUGUUUUGAUGAACUUUAAGAAUUUUAAAUUAUAAAUACGACUAUUGUGCGUCUUAUAUUCAAUUCUAUUCGACCAAAGGGAAUGGGGGAGAUCUAAUUACUGUGGCAAGGACUGAAGACGUCUUGAACCUCACCC